CGAGAAUGUUUGUCACUACAGCUUUGCCAAUGUCCCUGGGCGGCUCGGGGUUAAAUUCUAGGCUUCAGGAGCCUUGACUCACCUGCCUGGCGCUCACUUUUUAUCUUCAGGGCAGUUAAUCAUCCUGUUCCCUUUCGUUUUACACAAACUCGAUAGAGACUUCAGACGCCAUGUUGCAGGCAGCGCCGUCACCAACGCCAAACCCGACUCACACGUACGCUCGUCGCUUUGGCCGCAACUACCGCGGACUCGAUCAUCUCACCUAUGCCAGCUUGUGCUCCCGCGAUUUGGGAAAGGUGCGGGUUGACUGUCGACUACGCGUUUCAAAGUCACAAUGGGGUUGUCUAGGAGUGCCUCCAGCUGGAAUUUCAGCGGCGAUUAUCUACAUGGAUAUCUCGUUCGACCAGCCUCAUAACUGUCGUCUGGCCAGUGGAACUGUUCUCGUCACCCUUGACGAAGCGUCCGCCCCAGCGGCCACGGGCAUGAUCCAUGACGAAUCCCUCCAAAUGACUGAUUACUACGGACCGAAACAUCUCAGUGGAGAAGCAAGAAACGUUGCUGUCACGCAGACUGUGCAUUUGGCACCGGAGCUGAACGUUCUUGGGACCGGAGGAAGCGGAAUUGGCGUGGAACGGGAAAAAGAGGCCAGAUACGACAGCCGUUGGUCAUUUACUGGGGGGUUGAUGACGGGAAGAAAGGGCAGUGCGGCCUACCAGACAUUGAAAUGGGAACUUUGUGAAAACGAUCAGGGUGGCAGAUCGAGCCGUAGCAACGUUAUACAUACGGCAUUUACCCUGCAACACAGCAAAAAGCCGUUCAUCAUGCGGAUUGAGAUCCAGGGCCGACUCAAAAGAUCUAGAGAUCGCAUACGCCACUUGAGGUUCCCGAGCUAUCAUAGCUCCGACCAGGGCAGGAGCGAGACUCUGGUAUGUCCCAAUGUACAUAUUGCAAUUGAUAGGCCGCUUGAUACGCUAGCAAAGGGCCUGUCUAGUGCUAUGGAGCAUGAAAAUUACGCGAGGACUCCGGUUGAGAUACCUGAUGCCCUGCCAGUAUCCUUUUCCACGGAAAACGGAGCUGCGCCAACUGCACCACAACUGCCCCCAACUAUUCAAACCAAAGCAGGGUCAGCGACGGAUAGUAUUACGGGUGAUAAGCCUGGCAGAUUGAGGGUUACGUCCGAUCUACCAAGCGGAAUAUUACUCUCCCCAGAUGACUUGGCUUCAAGCGCAACGACCAACAGGUCCUCGAGUGUUUCGAACAUCUCUUCCGCAGCAACGCUGGUAGAUGCCUCUCAGCAUGGUAUGCGUGACAUAUGCCCCGACUCGUAUUCCGCCAUCCUUGGGAGCGCUGUUGAAUCCUUAGAUGGUGUCCGGCAAGAACGCUCAGCUCGGAAACGGUCAUUAUCGCCGCAGCCACCCAUUGAGCCCCCCGCCCCAAUAAAAGCAGCAGACAAAAAGGAACCAGUCCUUAGCGCAGACGAGAAUCCAAUGUCGGCUGUAUCCAAAUACCCUGUGCUGAUACUUCUGGUCAAUGCCCUUGCCAGCAUUUUGGAUUUCGUCUUUAUGCAGAAAGGGCCGAGGCUUGCCUUGGAAAAGGACCCUACAGUGGGUGAUAGAGUAAACCAGAACCAGGGGAGUAUUAUCCCAGGGUCGCUAUUCCCAGGGCAGUGGCCUCAGGACUGAUGCCUCUGCGGGUUUUGAUGCACGGUCCCUGUCCGGAGUUUGUGUAAUAUGAUUUCUGAAUAUCCAAUUUUGUAUAUUUGCUCUUGUGUCCGAGAAUCUCAUGACACUUUAGAACACUUUACAGCAAUGACAACCAAAAAAAGAGGGUAGACGAGGCGCACUUCUCCUGAGACCGAUUGGCAAUGAUUUGGUUUCCAACUGCAUCUCGGAGCGCUUCAACCUCUUACAUCUGCGUAAGUCUGCACCACACAAUUUCGGAGUUGGUGGGCAGCGGCAUCGAACUGCGACUUCAUUCAUGCAAGUUUACCUUUUGCUAACACGUAUGCAAAUAUAAUUGGUUUUCCAGAGU